AUGUUUCGUCAGCUCACAAGAUCCAUAUUCACACCCGCUGCCACUAGAGCCACCACAACCACCACACGAGCAAUGUCAACACUUAGAGUAGCCUACAUCCCGGAGCAUUUCUCCACGCCGUUAUUUUUCGCUCAACAACAAGGCUACUACGCCAAACACAACUUGUCAAUCGACUUCAUCAAAGUUCCCGAGGGAAGUGGCCGAUUGAUCAAUCUCUUAAACAACAACGAAGUUGACUUGGCUAUUGGAUUAACUGAAGCGUUUGUUGCCGAUAUCGCCAAGGGCAACGACAAGAUCAAGUUGCUAGAUACGUAUGUGCAAUCGCCAUUAUUGUGGGCUGUCAGCACGGGGUCUAACAGGAAUGAAAUUACAAAUGUUCUGGAUUUGGCCAAAUUUGGCAAGAUUGGCGUGUCACGUAUUGGAAGUGGGUCGUAUAUCAUGAGUUUUGUGUUGGCACAUCAAUUGGGAUUUGACAAGUUUGCUGAGUUUGCCGUUUGUUCCAAUUUCAAAAACCUUCGUGAUUCAGUGAAUAAGAAACAACCUAGUGACGACACUGGUGAUGCAAGUUAUGAAAUCAGUGAUGCGUUCAUGUGGGAAUAUUUCACUAGUAAGAAAUACUACGAUUCGGAAGAGAUUAAGCAAAUUGGAGAAAUCUACACUCCGUGGCCAUCAUGGGUCAUUACUGCAUCAAGCAAGGCAGUUGAUGCCAAGCAGCAAGAUAUUCACAACUUUAUCUCGUCUGUGAAUCGAGGAAUUGAGUAUUUCAACCAACAUGUAGAUGAAGCUGUUGAUUAUAUUUCCAACAAUUUGGAUUACUCUGCAGAAGAUGCUCGGCAAUGGACCAAAACCGUACAAUUCAAUGAUAAAUUGGGUAAAGCUGCAUUGGACUGGGAUAAAAUCGUUGUCAACACUACAAACGUGUUGAAGGAUGCUGGUGUAUUGCAAGACGGAGACGAUGUUAUAAAUAAGAGAUUGGAGGAACAUGUAUACAAGACCAACAUUUGA